GCAGCUCCUCAUCAUCUUUGAGACUUAAAGCUCCAACAUGAUCUUGCUCCUCUUCUUGUUCGGUCUGGCUCUGGGUGCUCCUCCUGAGUCUCCUUCUGAUGGCAAUAAAGUGAAGCUACAGCUUGACGACCACAGAGUUAAACUACUGCAUGGAAACUGUCCCAUGUUCUGGUGGAACUUCAAUGGCCGCUGCUACAAAUAUGUGGCCGCACACUUGAGCUGGGCUGAUGCAGAACUCUACUGUGUGUCACAGGGAGCCAACCUGGUGUCUAUCCACAGUGAGGAGGAACAGAACUUUGUCAGAACCUUAGUUAAGAACUUUGACCACACUGAGGGAUGGACCUGGAUUGGACUCAGUGACCUUCAUAAAGAAGGCAGAUGGAUGUGGUCUGAUGGUUGUGCAGUUCGGUUUGUCCACUGGUGUCCACACCAGCCAGACAACUGGAAGGGAAUUGAACACUGUGGUCACAUCAACUAUUCAAACCUAAAGAAGUGGAAUGACUACUCAUGUUCUACAAUUUCACCUUCUGUUUGUGCAACACGAACAACCUGUCCUAAAACGUAAAACAAAACAAAAAUAUACAUUUAACCUUCAAUGUUUCUGUUAUUUGUCUUUUAUAUGUUUGUGUGGCACUGACAAAAUUCCAUUGACCUUCAUUUUCCUAAAUGUGUAAUCAACAA